UAAGCACCGUUGGGUCAUCACCAUAGUCCAACUCCAAGAACACAACAGCCUAGAGCAAGCUAAGUGAAGUGAGCUCAUCAGAUCGACCAAUCACAAAUCCCCAAGAACAACAGCCUACUUGCUAGUUGCUACCCACCAAUUCGCUCGAUCAGCAAUGGCGGACAGAGUGACAAAGCUGGCGUCGCAGCGGGCGGUGGUGAUCUUUGGGGCGAGCAACUGCUUCAUGUGCCACGCGGUGAAGACGCUCUUCACAGAGCUCGGCGUGAGCUGGACGGUGCACGAGCUGGACAAGGACCCCCGCGGGAAGGACGUCGAGAGGGCGCUCGUUGGCAUGGUCGGACGGAGCCCGCCCAUGCCGGCCGUCUUCAUCGGCGGCAGGCUUGUCGGCACCACCGACCAGGUCAUGACGCUGCACGUCGGCGGCCAGCUUGUGCCGCUCCUCCGCCAGGCCGGCGCCCUGUGGCUUUGAAGAGUCAUGGACAGCAGUGGCUGAUGCGUGCGUGCAGUUAUGUGUGGUCGCAUCCUCGGAAUCGAGCUAAGCUAGUGAUCAUAUAGUGUGUGAGCUAAGCUAGUGAUCAUAUAGUGUGUGCACUGCAGCUACAUAAUUUUGGAAAGGUAAACGUUUAUACACGGCGCGCCGGCCGAACCGUUUCGGCCGGACGCACCGCUUUCGUCCGAUCUGGGCGGAUCGCGCGCGUCUCCU